AUGAACUUGAAAAUAGAGGAAAAACCGGAGGCAUGGCACGUCACCCCAACCCCAGGAUAUGUGUUAAAGUUCAAUGAGGUAAUUUUUUUUUGCAAUUGCGAGCCGCAUAAAUGCUUCCUAAACGUUUGUCAUUGUGAGGAAUUGCCGCCACCCACCGAUGAUAUUGAUGAAGAAGAGCUUGCGGCCCGCAUAGAUAAGGGAGAUGUCGGCUACCGAAUACCGCUCAGCAUUGGUGAACUUGACAGUGUUGUUGAUAACAAAAAUGUCAACCAACCAAAGAUCGACGUAUUGGUUAAUAGUGUUUUCUACGAGAAAAGGCUUGCACCACCUGCUGCCAAUUUCUUCCGCCAUUUCUUCUGCAUGGUAGUGUGCGACGCCAUUGAAGACAAGCAUCAUUUGAAACUGGAUCCAAAGAAAUGUGUGAAGUUGAAAAAUCGUACUGUAAUGGGUUGUAUCGAACCGAUGAAGAUCAACAAGAGACCCGUGGCUCCGGUUAUUCAGGAACUCGCUUCAAAUGUGACUCAGGCAAAAACUCCUGUAUGUCAAUUUUUUAUUGCAAAGACUGAACAACCUAGGAAGCAGUUUAUUGUGAACACUAGACUGUUUUUACAAUUUCUAUUCAGGUUGCGGCUACGUAUCAAUCGGGAUCGUAUUGUUUUGUUAGCCGAUAACACUAAAAGUCUUUAUGAUUUCUGUGUACCUUUUUAUAUGGAUUCAGCGAAGGUUCGACACAAAUUUAUUCCUGAAACGGCAAAAUUGGAGUUCUCAGUGCCUAUCUAUUAUCCUUAG